AUGUUCGCCCCAGUCCGACAACGGUGUGCCCGAAGCCUUGCAAAGGCACCAAUUCAACCCGCCGACGCGAUCCCGACUUUUCUAUUACCCACAUUCUCGAGACCAUCACGGCAAAGGACCUUUACCAGCACCGCACCAUGUCAGUCCAAGAUCGGCUCUGCGCCGCUCUCGAUACCCCAGGGCGUCACCUUCAAGGUGAACGCACCUUCAGCAAAAGAUAAGGGAUCACGUAUACAGGCUAUGUCUACAGUACAUAUCAAAGGACCGCUUGGUGAACUUUCUAUGGACAUCCCUCCAUACAUCAAUAUCAACCAGGAUGCGAGCCCGAAUGGCCCUACACUCUCCAUUGAGGAUGCGACAGAUGCGAAACAAAGAGCCAUGUGGGGUACCACUCGCGCAUACCUCCAAAAUCACAUUCUUGGUGUGAGUGAAGGCCAUAGCGCUAUUCUCCGCUUCGUCGGUGUUGGAUUCCGUGCCUCGGUCGAAGAUAGCGCAACAACUGUCAAUUCAGAAUACCCCGGUCAAAAGUUUAUCAAUCUGAAGGUCGGAUACUCUCACCCAGUCGAGCUGGGCAUACCCAAGGGCGUUACCGCAAGCACACCGCAGCCGACUCGCUUACUACUAGAGGGUCCUGAGAAAGAGGUGGUUAUGCAGUUUGCAGCAGAGAUCAGGAAUUGGAGAAAACCUGAACCUUACAAGGGCAAGGGCAUCUUUGUCAACGGAGAGACGAUUAAGCUUAAGAACAAAAGAGUUGGAGGCAAAUAA